UCUUACGCUUCUUUGAUGUGGUACAAACUCUCCAAUAGCUACUAUAGUGUCAAGCCCAUGGAACCUCGCAAAAAGUCUCUUUCAAAUUUCCCGAACCUCAGCUCAGGCGAUGACAUCUAUAAGAUGCUCAUUGAACUCGACUGAGCAGCUAUUGCGACCGAGAUGGAAGACACAUCGGCAGAAUCAUCAGAACCUCUGCUUCGAAACCGCACCCAGCCCACCGAACUUUCAUCGCCAUGGCAUGAAAGCCGAAAGAAUACUCACGUUUCAAUAAUUCAGACCGUUAUCUCGGCACUCAUACUUUUACUCCUCUCAUACAUAGCCGCAUUCUUGACCAUAACUUUUAUAACUGAAUCCCGACAUGACGCAUCCACACUGUUCCCCAAAUCCCCAUACUCACCCGCAACAAAAGCUCUCAAAUAUGAGAAGCGCCCACUCUGGGACAACACAGACUCUCCAUAUGACCAGCCGCCUUCACCUGCGACCGACUUAGCCUGGGAUGACCUACUAUCAUCCCAAUUCAUCCGCGCCUCACCCGCCGAACUCGCCGCCCAGCACGAAAACCUCACCCACCGCGUCCAGCUCCCCAACGGCGAUUACAUGGGCUCGCUGGGCGUCUGGCACCAACUGCACUGCCUCGAUAUCCUACGGAAGGCCGUGCAUAUGGAUUACUACCGCCACCACCUCACCAACAUCUCACACGCUGAUGUUGUUUUUGCGGUGGAGCAUUACGACCAUUGCAUCGGAACCCUCCGCCGCGCCGUGAUGUGCCACGCUGACGUUGGGCUGUACAGCUUCGAGUGGGCGAAGGACUCGCGGGAGGCGCGGAAUAAGGUGCUGAAGAGUGAUGCGAAGACGGUGUGUGUGAAUUGGGAGGCGUUGAGCCGAUGGGCUGGGGAGAGGGCGUUGAAGAAAGGGAAGUUUAAGUUACUUGCGAGGCCGUUCGAGAAGAGUCAUGAGCAGGCGGCUUGAGGAUUGGGAUUUGAGAGUCUUUGGAGGAGUUAUUUGGAUUUUGGGCUUUCUUUAGUCGUGAGGCCAGAUGCUUGAUGUGACUUUAGGCUUUGGUGAGGCUGUUCUGCGGUUGCGGUAUGUUUGUAUUCUCAGCCAGAAUGUCAAUGAACGGCCGAAACGUUACUGUAAUCUGUAAGUUCGUCCAUUUCGAAUGAACGGAG